AUGAACAAUAUGGCCUCUGAUCUCGAAUUAUUUCUCUAUCCUAGUGAAACUGGUUUUAUUGGAAAACUUGCAUUAAACACAUUGGAUGAUCUCAGUAUCACUGAAACACGUCUGUCCAACUCAAAUGUUUCAACCAUCGUCAUUCUUGAUCGUUCUGGUUCCAUGGGUAACUCCGUCCCUAGAUUUGUAAAUCGAAUUUUACCUCAAAUUUUCAAAACUCUGGACUAUGCUAAAGAUGACAUCAUCACAUUGAUCACCUUUGAUAGUGAUACUAACAGAUAUGCUAUUCCAGUUAAACAAUUAGACAAUUACAGCAUUAAAUGUCAAGGUCGCACAUUUAUGGCACCUGCAAUUUCAAUGUUAACUCGUAUCAUUACAACUGAAUUACCAAAAGAUUGUCACGCUUUGCGAUUGUUAACAAUUUCCGAUGGAGAAGUUCACGAUCAAACUCAAGUUCAAACGGAAGCAGCUCGAUUGACUUCAUUACUCAAGAAUGAAGUCAUAAUUAAUUCACAAGCCGUUCGACUAUUUACUUCUUUGUCUCAACCAGACACGAGAGCUGUCUCCAGUCUUUUACAAUUAAACAAUGUAUCACAAGUGAACUUAUUGGAUUUGCAAACGACUCUGACUGACGAAGAAAUUUCUGCAACAAUUACGAGUUUAUUCUCCGGAGAUUCGUUGAAUCGAUGUGCAGUACUCAAGUCGGAAGAAUUCAUCUUGAAAAGUACUCCAUGGCAAAGUAAUAAUUGUGACACAAUACCGGUGACUGCCGGUGAAAAUUUAUUCUGGCUGAGCAAAGUACCAACAGGAAAUUUAAGUAUAGGCCAAGUAAAUAUUAAAAUUCGUAUGGCAGAAGGAUUAACUGUAGAUACGUAUGAAAAAUUAUUGAAAUCGAAAAUCGAAUAUUUCAUGAAUCAAUUGAAAAUUCUAAAAAUUGUUAAUACCGUCGAAUCUCAAAACGCGAUCAAAGAAAUACUAAGCUAUUUUCAACGUAUUGAAACUUCGCUGUUAGCCAGUGAGCAAGACAUCAACAUCUUAUUAAAUGAUUCCAGUUUACGCGCUCGCUUACAAUAUCUGAAAUAUACGAUUGCGCGUAAGAAUAAAUCAUUCGUCAUGCGAAUGUCUCAGAUUGCGAAUGAUGCUAAAGUUUCUCAACUGAAUUCCGCACAACAAGCUGAAUAUUUACGUUCAAUUGAUAGUUCUUCGAAAAAUGCUCGUGGUUUGGCUCGACGUGCCGUUACUCAAGGAUUGGAUUUUAAUGAAAUUCUUCGCAAAGAAGUUCGAACUAUGGCUCAACAUAUUGAUGAACUGCAAAACAUUGAUGAUGAUCAGCAUGUAGUGUCAUUCUUUUCUCAGGAUACCACUCUCGGUGGGAUUCGUGCAGUUUGCCAGUUGGUUACCGAUGAUAUAUUGGAGGAUGUUGAUGCCAACGAUAUCUUGCGAAUGGUUAAUAUCGUCGGAAUAGCUUGUUCCGGUCCGAUCGGCGAAUUUCCUGAUCCAAUGACUUGGCGAGUCAAUGAAAUGUAUCUAGGUUGUUAUGUCAGUUUAUCCGAUAUUUUAACUGCAUUCAUUCAAUCAAGAGGCCAACCAUUACAAACUCCAGCUACGAACAAGACUAUUACGAAUGUUAUUCCCAUUAUUGAAGACAAGCGAAUAGCUCGAUUUUUACAAGCUCAUGCGCCUUCUCUACUGGAAUACACUUGUUCUAUUGGAAUGAGACGUUUGAUAGCAGAUGUUCCAAUGACUGGGGGUUAUACUAUAUGUGCUGGUAUUUGGAAAUUAGUAGAAGACUUAAACGUGAAUAAAUCUGAAUUAUAUUUGGAAUCCUUCGACAAACUAGUGAAAACCUAUGAAAUCGUCGUUGGAGAUUAUUUUGAACAUAUUAUGCCGUACAUAAAAGAACAAGACGAUCAAUUAUCUUAUUAUAUUGCAAACAACGGAACUACAAAUAUGAUCAGUCCAUUCAUCAAAUUAUACCGCGAAAAUGAUGCCAACAAGUUACAACAAUUACCUAAAAUCUUACGCGCUCUUUAUACCUAUGAAAUUUGGCAAGCAGUUCGCAGACAAUAUAAGAAUCGUGAUGAUUCUGAUUUGAUCGUACAGAAGAUGCUUGAUCAAUUGGUGGGACUCGAUUUGAACAAGUAUAAAGCUCUAGUGCAGCCAUUAUUCGAGAGCGAACCGCCAUUGAAUGAAAUUCAGUUUCACGAUCAAGCACAUAUUGAUGAGCAAUAUUUAGAUGAACUGAUCAAGACAGCUUAUUACGUUGAUUACGUUACUUUACUGCCUAAAUACAUUUCGGCAGUGAUUAAUCUCGAUAAUAACAGUAUCAAGCAUAUUUCUACAAUCAACCAGGAUUCAGUGUGCGAAGCGUUAAAUAUUAACUAUGAUAUAAAGAUUUUCAAAUUCUACAAUGUUGUUCAAGCUCUUCUGUAUACUAGUAAAGCCAGUCGAGUGGAUAGUGAUAAUAAAACGAUGAAAAUCAUUGAUUUGGGAGAUCAAAGAGCGGCCGAAAAGAUGGUACAAAAUUACAUCAGAAAACGAUUUGAAAAUCAAUAUGCAACCGAUUUAGCAAUGAAAGGACGUGCGGAACGUGCGGAAUUAGCGUCUUCAUUGGUUCAAUCAAUUUUGCAAGAAAAAUCUCAUAGUGAGCUCGUGAAAUUAAUGCGAGAAGGUUUAACUCGUGCAAACGUUCAUUUAGCGAUUACGAACUCUUCGAGCCUUGGAUUUCUGGAAUUAAAAGAGAAAUUAUUGGAUUUAAAUGAAAAGGUUCCUCGACGAUUGGAUAUUAUAAAAAUCUUUCUAUUAGGACGAGAUUAUAAACAGAACGAUGAACCCGUUUGGAAUAAUGGAAAUGUUUUAUGCACACCUAGUUUGUGCGACUUUGAGAAAAUUUUCGUCACUUUAGGUUAUGCUUCUGAAUGGGAAACAGUGAAAGCAGAAUAUACGAAACGUAAUUUGCAUAUUUAUCGAGAUGGAUUCAACCGUCAUGGACAUGGUAAUCCGAAACCUUCAUAUUGGGCAUUUGGAUAUGCUACAUUACAGCUAUAUAAAGAUAAUGUUUCGACUGAAACUUUCAAAGAGUAUUGUCAAAUCCAUCAUGAUUGUUGUGGAGUGUCACAGAUUGUAGGACUAUUGAACUAA